UCCUCAUCCGCUUUGCUUCGUUCGUUUCAGUUGAGGCAAGGCGGAGAUCGUCGUAAAUUUUUAAAAGUUUACAUGUGAAAUUGUGUCCAUAUUAUUCGAAGAAAAUUACCAAAAAAUGCGAUACGGUCAGCUAGUGAUGGGCCCCGCUGGAAGUGGGAAGUCCACAUAUUGCGCCACAAUGCAGCGGCAUGGCUACGACGACAAACGGCUGAUCAAAGUGGUCAAUCUGGAUCCGGCGGCGGAGACGUUCGAAUACCAACCAUUUAUCGACAUCCGGGACUUGAUCCAGCUGGACGAUGCCAUGGAGGACGAAGAGCUGCAUUACGGGCCGAAUGGGGGUUUGGUGUUCUGCAUCGAGUAUCUGUUGGAGAAUUCCGACUGGCUGAGGAAUCAACUGUGUGGAGUAGGGGAUGACGAGGACGAAGAGGGUGUGGCGGAUGGAGUGGAGGAACCGGAUGACGACUACAUUCUGUUCGAUAUGCCGGGGCAGAUUGAGCUAUACACGCACUUGAAGGCCGGCCAGCAGUUGGCGAAACUGUUGGAAUCGUGGAACUUCCGGUUGUGCUCGGUGUUUCUGGUAGACUCACAGUUUAUGAUCGAUGGUGCGAAAUUUCUGUCCGGAACGAUGGCAGCGCUAAGUGUGAUGGUUAACAUGGAACUGCCCCAUGUGAACAUCCUUAGCAAGAUGGACCUGUUGAGUAAGACCAGUAAGGGCCAGUUAGAUAAAUACUUGGAACCGGAUCCGCAGGCUCUGCUUGGCGAGGUCACCAACGAGUCUUCAUGGGGGCGAAAGUAUAGGAAACUCUCGGAAACGAUAGGGCUGCUGAUUGAAGAUUUCAGUCUUGUUCGGUUUACGCCGUUGAACAUCAAUGACGAGGAGAAUAUUGCGGAUCUGUUGCUGAUGAUCGACAAUGUCAUACAGUAUGGAGAGGACGCGGACGUGAAAACGACAGAUUUUGAUCCACCGGAGGAAGAAGAUGAUGACGAUGUAGAGAAAUAUUACCAUGAUUAGGAAAUAAAAGUUUGAUUCGUAAUUGUAA